AUGAGAGACAUGGAACCCUUGACUCCGAGCAUCGGUACCGAUAGCACGCUUCCUUCCUUUCGGUACUUUCUGGUGAACGAUCACUCUUCGCCUUUGAAACGGCAGAGAUGCCAGAGGGAACCCAGAACGUCGCCUCUGUACACCGCGUCCCCGUUGCCUUCUUGUGGCCACUGUUCGUCACAACAAUUCUCCUCGACCUACCACAGAGCGAAGCCUCAACGCUCGAGACGGCGAGUGUCCAGUCUGCACAUUCGUGAACCAACAGAACUUGCCUCACCCAGCUACCGACCCGCCGAUGAUCCUGCUAACGAUCUGGUCCCGACCGGCUGUGCUGGAAGUGAUAACCCGGAACGGGAAAUCCGAUGGCAUGACAUUUUGAACAUGCUGCCCACCGAAACAGUAUGCUACAACGAACGGGAAAUUAAAACACCAGAGACUGAGAAGCGAUCAGAUGUACCACAAGGAGACCGUUUAGUUCGACGAAAGGCCGUUAGACGCCGGAAAUGCCCGAAACCCGUGGACGAUGGUGAACACCAACAAGCCAGCGUUCUGCAUUCCGAAAAAAAACAACCUACAGUUAUCAUGAUGUUAACGGGUCUGCCUUGA